GCUCAUGUGCUUGUGUUUUCUGUUCGAAUAAAUCCUGAAUGACAGACCGGAAAGAAGGGCUUUAUCAAUAAACCAAACUUGUAAAGGACUAAGAGAGAUAACUACACUAAGAAAGAUAUUUUGGGGGAUUCGUAAUAUGAAAAAAGAGCAGACCGAACAUUUAGAUCUUGUCGUCCAGAAAGACAUUGUCUAUAAUAAACUCCUUCCUUAUGCAGAGAAACUAGACGAUGAAUCUAAUGACAUUUUGGCCAAAAUCAAAGGCAACUUGUCUCGAGCUGUUCAGCUUAGGGAGUUAUGGCCCGGAGUUUUGUUUUGGACAAGAAAGCUCUCAACGUACAUUCGUAUCAAUGGGAGGAAGUUCAGUAAAGAAGACCAUGUGCUCUUCGUUAAGCUCUUGUAUGAGCUUGUCACCAUCCCUAAGCUGGAAAUCAGUAUGAUGCAAGGUUUUGCCAGGCUUCUCAUCAACUUACUUAAGAAAAAAGAGCUGCUUUCACAGGAUGACUUGGAGUUACCUUGGAGGCCUUUGUAUGAGCUUUAUGAGAAGAUCCUCUACUCUAAAACAGAGCAUCUUGGUCUUAACUGGUUUCCAAAUUAUCGAGCAGAAGCCUCCCCUAAACAAAAAAUUCUUAGUUUUGUGCACAAGCGCUCUGUGGAGAAUGUGCUGAAAACACUGGUGAAAAGUUGCAGACCAUAUUUUCCUAAGUCCGCAACGCAGGAGAUGUUGGAUGAGUGGCGCCCAUUGCUUUGUCCAUUUGAUGUCACCAUGCAAAAAGCUAUCAGUUACUUUGAACUCUUUCUGCCAACCAUCAUGCCUCCAGAGCUGCACCACAAAGGAUUCAAUUUAUGGUUUGAUGAAAUGAUGAGCUUGUGGGUCUCUGUACAAAACCUGCCUAGCUGGGAAGGAAAUCUCGUAAACCUGUUUGCCAGAUUGGCCAAUGACAACAUUGGCUACAUCAACUGGGACCCCUAUAUUCCAAAGAUUUUCACCAGGAUUUUGCGAAGCUUUAACUUGCCUGUUGGCACCAGUCAGAUGAUGGUUCCCAAGUACCUGACUAACUCUUAUGACAUUGGCCAUGUUGUUCUUUGGAUCUCUUCCAUGUUGGGUGGUGCUCAGAACCAGGCCCAGAAGCAGCUUAAUGGCCUUUUCAGCAGCAUCGCCUCCUUUUACCACCCUUCAAACAAUGGUCGUUGGCUGGUAAAGCUGAUGAAGUUGCUGCAGCGUUUACCAGCAAGCGUUGUGCGACGGCUGCAUCGCGAGCGCUACAAGAAGCCCUGUUGGAUUACGGCAAUCCCCGAUAGCCACCGUCUCACUGAUGACAAUAUUACAGAGUUUGUGGAGAGCAUGAAGCAGCCAGUACUGUUGGCCAUGUUCAGUAAAACGGGCAGCAUGGAUGCUGCACAAGCACUGCAGAAUCUGGCUUUGAUGAGACCAGAACUGGUCAUACCUCCUGUGCUGGAAAAGACAUACCCUGCCAUGGAGACCCUAACUGAACCACAUCAGCUGACGGCUACUCUGAGCUGUAUGAUUGGUGUGGCUCGCAGUCUGCUUAGCGGUGGCCGCCACUACCCAGAGGGCUCAGCCCACGUGCUGCCCCUGCUCAUGAGGGCCCUACCUGGUGUCGACCCCAAUGACUUCAGCAAGUGCAUGAUAACGUUCCAGUUUAUUGCUACCUUUACCACCCUUGUGCCUUUGGUGGACUGCUCCUCUGCCCUUCAUGAGCGGAAUGACCUGACAGAGAUGGAGAGAGAGCUGUGUUCUGCCUCGGCUGAGUUUGAGGACUUUGUCUUGCAGUUUAUGGACAGGUGCUUUGCACUGAUUGAUAGCAGCACUCUGGAACAGACUCGAGAGGAGACUGAGACAGAGAAGAUGACUCACCUGGAGAGCCUGGUGGAGCUGGGCCUGUCCUCCACAUUCAGCACCAUCCUAACUCAGUGUUCUAUAGACAUUUUUAAGGUGGCACUUGAGAAGGUCUAUAACUUUGCAACCAGCAACAUUUUUGAGACAAGAGUGGCAGGUCGAAUGGUAGCAGACAUGUGCAGAGCAGCAGCUAAGUGUCACCCUGCUGAGGCCCUCAGACUGUUUGUGCCCCGCUGCUGCAAUGCCAUCACUCACUUAACUGCCAAUGAAGAUGUUUUGAAUGAUGAUGAGCUGGACAAGGAGCUGCUGUGGAACCUCCAGCUGCUUUCUGAGGUGACACGUGUGGAUGGAGAGAAGCUGUUGACAUACCGAACACAGCUGGUGCAGAUUCUGCAGCUGACCUUGCGGCUGCGCUGUAAGCAGGGCUACAGUCUGGCCUGCAACCUACUGCAUCAUAUCUUGCGCUCUAUGGCUCUCACCUACCCCACUGACUACUGCAGCGUGCCUGGUGGUUUUAACAGACCACUAAACGAGUACCUACCCAUUAAGGACUGGGGGCGUCCAGGUGACCUGUGGAAUCUGCAGAUCCAAUGGCACGUGCCUAGUACAGAGGAGAAAGCCUUUGUCUUCUACAUACUGGACCUUGUACUCCAUCCAGAACUGCAACGACUGCAGAGAUAUUCCCAGGGCGAGCAGAACAUGAGCAGGGAUGAUGUUCUGCAGAGCCUAUCCAUUGUGCAGCACUGCUUGCUGGGAGCUGGUGGCAUGUUGCCCCCUCUGAAUGGACCACCUGUCACUGGCCUCGUUAACGGUAUGGUUAGUCUGGAGGAGACAAAGCUCUUUGUUGGUGUUGAUUAUGAUGAAUCUAGAGAGAACUACAGAGAGGUCAUCUGUAAAGUCAUGAGACAGCUGCUGCAUUAUAUCCUGGAACACUCUGAGGAUGACACCAAGUCUCUCUUUGCCAUCAUCAAGAUCCUCAACGAUCUUAUGCAUUUUAAAGGCUCUCACAAGCAUGAGUUUGACUCUCGCUGGAAGAGCUUCACUCUAGUGAAAAAAUCCAUGGAGAACAGACUCCAUGGGAAAAAGCAGCACAUUCGAGCCCUUCUCAUUGACCGAGUACUUCUGCAACAUGAGAUGCGGAAACUGCUAGUGGAGGGCUGUGAAUACAAAGCAGUUCACCAAGAUCUGCUCAGAGACCUUCUGCGCCUGUCCACCAGCACCUACAGUCAGGUGCGCAGUAAAGCUCAGAGUGUUCUGUUCAAUGCUCUGGGAACAUACAACUUCUGCUGUCGAGACAUCACUCCUCGAGUGCUGGAGCUGCUGGAACCCACUCGGACUGAUGUCACUCAACAACAGUUUAAGGGUGCUCUUUACUGUCUCCUGGGUAGUCAUGGUGGUGUUUGUCUUGCAAACCUGCAUGACUGGGACUGCAUUGCUCUGACAUGGCCUGCUAUGGUGCGUUCAGGCCUCAGCCCUGCCAUGUCCCUAGAGAAACCUUCCAUCGUCAGACUUUUUGAUGACCUUGCAGAUAAAAUACAUCGCCAGUAUGAGACCAUCGGCAUUGACUUUACUGUACCCGAGAGCGCUCUGGAACUGGGCCGCAAGAUCACAGAGUCAGGCAGACCUGCUGCUUUCAUGGGCUCUCCCUCAGAACAGGAGCUGCAGCAGGGACUUGCCCUGGAACAAACCAAAUAUUUGAAUGCUGUCCAGAAAUAUGAGAAACUGGUUCAUGAAUUGUUAGACUGGCUUGAUAACAGAGACCUACCAUGGAAGUUUGAGCACAUGGCUAUUGGCUUUCUGUCUUUGCUGCUAAGAGAUGACCAUCCCCUCCCUCCCCGGGCAGUGCACUUCUUUGUGCAAAGUCUUAAUCAUGAUGCACUCGUUGUGCGCAAGGUGUCAAUCUCUGCUGUAGCAGGAAUUCUUAAGCAGCUGAAGAGGCCACGAACAAAAGUAGUAGUUACACCCAGUGACAUCAGUGGGGUAAUGGAACCAGAAGGACUAGUAGCAGGAGACCGACCAGAAAAUGACUGGCUUCAAUACCAUGGUGACAGCUUGCCUCAAACUCAGCAAGACUGGAACAACCUCCGCUUUGUGGAAAAGACCCAUUGGGGUUACUAUUGCUGGCCAAAGAAGCUGAUGUUGUAUUCUCCUCUGGAGGAGCAGCCAAAAGACCUCACGCCUGAAGAGAUGAAUGAGAGCGAACGCAUUAUCUAUGACCGUUUCUCAGAUCCCGUGUUCAUCAAACAGCUCAUUGAGUUCUUGUCACUUGAGGACCGCAAGGGCAAAGAUAAAUUUAACCCACGUCGCUUCUGCCUCUUUAAGGGUCUUUUCAGAAACUACAAUGAUGCCUUCCUGCCUGUGCUCAAGCCCCACAUGGAGCAAUUGACCAGUGACUCCCACGAAAGCACACAGCGCUGCGUGGCUGAGAUCAUUGCUGGAUUAGUGAGAGGCAGCAAGCACUGGAGCUUCACACAGAUGGAGUCUUUGUGGCAAUUCCUGAUACCUUUGAUGCGAAGAGCAUUAUCUAACAUUACAGUAGAAACCUACACUGAUUGGGGGACAUGUGUCGCUACUGCCUGUGAGAGCAGAGAUCCCCGGAAGCUUCACUGGCUGCUGGAGAUGCUGAUGGAAUGUCCUCUUAGUGGAGAAGGGGGAUCAUUUGUGGAUGCCUGUCAUCUAUAUGUGCUGCAAGGCGGUCUGGCUCAGCAGGAGUGGAGGGUGGCAGAGCUGUUGCACAGGUUGCUCUCCUACUUGGAGCCCAAACUUACUCAGGUGUACAAGAAUGUACGAGAGCGCAUCGGCAGCGUGUUGACGUACAUUUUCAUGAUUGAUGUCACUCUGCCAAACACAAUGCCUACCAAAUCCCCUCACAUCACAGACUUCACAGAAAGGAUUAUGGCUCGACUAAAGCCUCUGCUAGAGGGAGAAGAGGAAAUCCAGAACCAUGUAGUGGAGGAGAAUGGAGUGGGUGAGCAGGAUGAAAGAACGCAGGCCAUCAAACUAUUUAAAACAGUGUUGAAGUGGUUGAUGGCCAGUGCUGGUCGCACCUUUACCACUCCAGUACUCCAGCAGCUCCAGCUACUUCCUCUGUUAUUUAAGAUUGCUCCAGUGGAGAAUGAUGACAGCUAUGAUGAGCUGAAGAGGGAUGCAAAGACCUGCCUGUCUCUCAUGUCUCAGGGACUUCUCUAUCCAGAACAGAUCCCUUUAGUCCUUAAAGUGCUCAGUGAAAUUGCAGGAAGCAGCUCGUGGCACGCUCGCUACUCUGUGCUCACCUAUCUGCAGAUCAUGGUCUUCUAUAACCUGUUCACCAUACUGAGCAACGAACAGUCAGUUCAGGAUGUGCGAGCGCUGGUCAUCAGACUACUGGAAGAUGAGCAGCUAGAGGUGAGGGAAAUGGCUGCCACCACACUAAGCGGGUUCCUGCAGUGUAACUUUUUGACCAUGGACAUCUCGAUGCAGACUCAUUUUGAAGCUCUAUGCAAAACCAGACUGCCUAAGAAAAGAAAGAGAGAUCUGGGUUCUGUUGUGGACACCAUACCCUCAGUCGAUUUGGUAAGGCGCCAUGCCGGAGUUCUGGGUCUCGGUGCUUGCAUUCUGUCCAGCCCUUACGAUGUGCCCACCUGGAUGCCUCAGCUACUCAUGGACCUCAGUGCCCACCUCAAUGACACACAACCCAUCGAGAUGACGGUAAAGAAGACCUUGUCACAUUUCCGCCGAACUCAUCACGACAACUGGCUGGAGCAUAAGCAGCAGUUUACAGACGAUCAGCUAGUGGUCCUGACCGACCUACUCGUGUCACCCUGCUAUUAUGCCUAGACAGGUGAAAGGGAUCUUUUGGAAGCUUUUAUUUGAACUUCUCUGUGGAUGUGGCUACAUCGUAUAGAGGGCUUUAGGCAAGGAAAAGCAGACUGAAGCAAUAACUUGAAUUUUUUUUUUUUUUGGGGGGUGGGGGCCUGAUUUGAGUGUACGUAUUAGUAUGUAUGUAUUUAUCCCUCGUUUUGCAUUUUUACUAUACUUAAUAUUUAAGGUUUACCAGUGCAGGUAUGAAUGGCCUGCAGUCUGUAAUUAUUGUACAGUUUUCUUUUUGUCUUUUCCUGUCUGUGAGGACAUGUGAUAUGAGUUUAAGGACAAGGACAGACUCUUUGUAGAUCUGAUCCAUUAACUUCAUCAAGUUCUUCUCUCAGCCAUUCACUUUACACAAAUUCUUAAGGUUUGGCUUUUAACCGAUGAGUUCAGAACAGGUUCAGGUCAGAGCCAAAAUGCUUUUACAGAUUUUUUUUGGGUGCAUGCAUGUUAUCAGCACUCAACUUAAGAUUAGUUCAUGAGGCGUGUGUUCCCAUGACUACUGCUGCACCACUCGAGAGCUCAGUGUGUAUAAAAUAGUAACACCACCAUUGGUAGUAUUCUAAUUAGUAGAUUUUUACAUCUGAAGUUCCCAUGUAAGUGGGCUUGCAACUAAAGUACGCUAGCACACUAUUGUUGAGAUCCAGGCAUCAAGUCGGUCAGGCCAAAACAGCCUAGCCGAUGGGAGGUGCACUUGUUAAUGCUGGUCCCAAACCCAGAAAAAACAAGCAGUCGCUUCAGUAAGAGUAUUCGAUGUAAAAACUGCCAAGUCUGGUAUGCAGAUUAAACCAGCUGUAGUGACCCAUAAACAGAACAUUAGCCAAAACAAAUGAAGAAAAAAUAAGAAAUAAUGUAAUAUUUCCACCCUGGUUAGGCAUUAGCAGAGCCUCUCAUCCCCUUCAUGUGUGCUUUAAGGCGGAUGUAGUGACACUUGCCAAUUAUAGAAAAGUAUUGGAUGUUCCCUGGUAAUCCACUAAUGAUAUGUAUGUUCUUAUUUGAUUUUUUUUUUUGUAGACUCUAGACAAUAUUUUUUUAAAAACCUUUUCACUUUUCUGCAUCAUUUUACCUCUCAUAUACAGUUAUUGUAUUUAUCAGAAUGAUUUUGAGAGCUUGUACCGGUUUUACCAAGCUAUUACGUUUACUUUGUGAUGCAAAUUAAUAUCAUUUCAAUACUUACCUGAUAAAUUAAUAAAACAUUUCUGAAGAAGUUUUUGGAGAGAUCUUAAGAACCUCCAGUAAAUGCCGUUGUUAAAUCAAGACUGCAUAACAGACAUACCAGUUUGCGUUAAAGGUAUGUGUUUAAUAACUAGUAAGUGCGGACAGUCUGAUGAGAAUCGGAUAAACGGCUGUUGCACAGUUUUCAGCUCACAUGCCACAAGUUUUUGUUUGUUUAGUUUUGGGUAUUUAUCUUUGUGUAUGUAUACUUUACAUAUACAUUAAAAAGAAUGGUUUGACUAAUAUAAAGUAAUAAACCAGUCAGGAGUGAGUGGCUGUGUGUGUGAGUGGCUGUGUGUGUGAGUGGCUGUGUGUGUGAGUGGCUGUGUGUGUGAGUGGCUGUGUGUGUGAGUGUGAGAGACAGACAGAGAGAGAGAAACAUAAUUACAUGCAUGUGCAUGCUGGCAGGUGUGGGUGUGUGCGCGCAUGAUCAUACUUUGAUAGUUAUUUUAUGUGGCUUGUGACUGAAAAACCUUGCAACAUUCUUUACACCCACCACAUUUCUGAACCACCCUAUAUGCCAAGCCAGGCAGAUUGAAAUUAGUAGUGCCCUCUGAGGCCCAACCAUAAAGCUUCAGAGUUUCCCUUUUAACCCCAGCUGGAAGAGACCUAGAGAGUUUUGUUCUGCAUUGUGGAAAGAUCAUAACAGAACCACUGUGUAGCUUAGUGCCAAAACUGCAGUGAUUUUUUUCUUCUCUAUUUUUUUAGAUGUACCGUUUGCUUGUUUUACCCAAGAAAAAGCCAAUAAAUGUUUUUAACAAACAGAAA